AAUAUUUUGAUUAACUAGUAAUUUAAUAUAUCAUCAAGAAAUGACAAAGAAAACCAAAAAAGGAGCAAACAUACCACCAACCGAUCACUCUUCCGAUGAGAAAUCAACUCUAUUGCACAAAUUUGAUGCUCUCGAUGACAUUGAAAUUAUAGGGAAGAACUUGAUGAAUGUUAGAAUAUCAGCACUGUUGGCCUUCUAUAAACAGUAUUUGAAAGAGCAACAGGAAACAGAGAGGGCAAUAAUGUUGCAAAAGAAGAGUCAAAAUUCAUCUUGUCAAAUUCCUGACUUGUAUGAUAUUUAUGAAAUGUUUCCACACAUUCCAUCCAAACGUAUCAAUGUAUUAUAUCACGAAGUUUGUAAUAAUCAUGUGGAAGGAUUGGUUGAUGUCUUGUUAACUCUUGAUCCGAAUGAUUUACAAUACACGGAAGAUAUUGUUGAAGACAAUUCUUCUGAAAUUGAUACAUAUGUAAAUAAUUAUGCUACAGAUUUGAAGAGAUUUGACAUGGCAACUGUAGCCAACCAAUAUUUAGAUCCUGCUGUUUCUGAUCUAGAAAAGGAUUAUCUGCAAGCUGUAAAGAUUAGAAAAAUGGCAUUCGAAGAGUAUGGAAUUUAUGAGGAGGUUGAAAUUCAUGAAGAAUCACAACCAAACAUGGAUGAAAUGAAUGAUGCAGAAAAGGAAUGGUAUUAUGAAAUGAAAUUAAAGAAGGAAAAAUUAAAAAAGGAACGAGAAUUCAUUUUGAAAAAGAUGAGAGAAGAGAAAAUGUCCAGAAACACCAGAUACUAUUGUAAAGGAGAAGAGGAAUUACUGAAUAGUACCUCAAACGAAAUCAAGAGAUAUCAAUUUACUAGAAAUAUAACAUUUGAUUUCGAAGCAGAGUAUUUCCACUUUAGAAUUGUAGAAUCACACUUUGAUAGACUCAUGAAUAGGCAAAUUUAUGGUUAUCAAGGAUAUCAACAACCAUAUCAUAUUUCAGAUGUAGAGUACAUUGUAAAUCCUGAAUGUUUUAGAAAAUUCUAUGCUUGCAAGAAGGAACUCGCCAAGAAACACAACUUUUUAUACGAAUCCAUGAAUUGCUACUUGCUAUUCCAUGGUACAUCUGAUGUAAAUAUGGAAAAUAUUAUCAAGACAAAUUUCAUGUUGAGUAAGGUUGGUUCCAGUACCGAUAAGGGAUUCUAUGGUGGAGGUUUCUACUUUUCAGAAAAUCCUAGCAUGUCCAUUUCAUACUCGAGAGGAAAUCCAAACCUGCUGGUUUGUAUGGUAAUGGUUGGAAAGGCCUUCCACAUGACAAAUGUUCAACUGGGAAGAGAUUUAGAAAAGGGGCACGAUAGUCAUGUCAGUCCUGAUGGAUGUUCUGAGGUGAUUAUUUUCAAUCCUGACCAAGUUAUUCCAAUGUACAAGGUUAAGUAUGCUGCUGGUCCUCCUACUUUUGAUAACAAACCAAGACAUUAAUAGAAAUAAAAGUAAGUGUGUAUAAUAUUUC